AUGAGCAGCCCGGGCGGAACGGGUUGGCUCGGUAAGAUGGGAGGAGCCACCAGACCCCCUCCCGCCGGCGGCGCGCCGGGCGCGGGCGUAGAGCCCCCCACGCCCGAGACCCAGAAGCGCGUGGAUGCCGCCAAGGCGUACAUCGAGAACCUCUACCGCAACCAGCAGAGGUCCUUACAGCAGCGCAUGGAGCGACGCGCGGCGGUCGCCGGAGACGAGGAGCUACCCGUGGAAGCCAAGCAGGAGCUCCUGCAGGAGCUGGACGAGCAGGAGCGCAAGUACACCCGGUUGAAGCGCGCCAAGCUCACCGCGGAUGACUUUGAGCCGCUCACCAUCAUCGGCCGCGGCGCUUUCGGCGAGGUGCGGCUCGUGCGCGACAGGUCGAACGGGCAGAUCUACGCCAUGAAGAAGCUCAAAAAGACGGAGAUGGUCCGCCGCGGUCAGGUGGACCACGUCAAGGCUGAGCGUAACCUCCUGGCGGAAGUUCACGACGAGGCGGUGGUGAAGCUCUACUACUCGUUCCAGGACGACGAGUUUCUCUACCUGGUGAUGGAGUACCUUCCGGGUGGGGACAUGAUGACGCUGCUGAUGCGGAGGGAUACCCUGACGGAGGACGAGACGAGGUUCUACAUCGCGCAGACGGUGCUGGCGCUGGAAACUGUCCACUCGGCCAACUUUAUCCACCGAGACAUCAAACCCGACAACCUCCUGCUGGACAAGGACGGGCACAUGAAACUGAGCGACUUUGGCCUGUGUAAACCUGUGGACCAGAGACUUCUGGACACGCUUCCGGAGAUUGCCGAGGAGGACGGCACCCCGACCCCGGAGAACGAGGAGGCGGAGGGUACCGUCGCGGACCCGGCGCGGCGGCAGGCGCAGCUCCGGCACUGGCACGAGAACCGAAGGAGGCUCGCGUACAGCACCGUGGGCACGCCCGAUUACAUAGCGCCGGAGGUGCUGCUGAAGAAAGGGUACGGGCUCGAGUGCGACUGGUGGAGCGUGGGCGCCAUCAUGUACGAGAUGCUGGUGGGAUAUCCCCCGUUUUACAGCGACGAGCCGAUGACCACCUGCCGGAAAAUUGUGCACUGGCGGCACCACCUCCGUUUUCCCGCCGAGGUGACCCUCUCUCCCGAGGCCAGAGACCUCAUCGAGCGUCUUCUGUGCGACGUGAACCAGAGGCUGGGCACCGCGGGCGUGUCCGAGAUCAAAUCGCACCCGUUCUUCUACGGAAUUCAGUGGGAUAAGUUGUACGCCAUGCACGCACCGUAUCAGCCCGAGGUGAACGGCGAGCUCGACACGCAAAACUUUGAGCAAUUCGACGAGGACGACGCCUUCGCGAAGAAGCAGAGGGCGAACGCCGCCGCGAGCAGGAAGGACCUGGACUUUAUCGGGUACACGUACAAAAACUUCGAGGUUGUGGGCGAGGAGGUGCAGAAGAAGAAGAGCAAGGCUAAGCCCAGUUUGGCGUCCAUCUUCCCGGGCGCGGUGACGCCCGAGCCCAAGCCCGCGGCGGAGAGCGAGUCGUCCACGCCGUAUCACACUGCGCAGUUUCACGGGUUGGCGGAGGAAAGUGAGGAGGAGGAGGAGGCGGCGGCGGCGGCGGCGGCGGCCGUCGGUCGCAUGUCCGUCGCCGACCCGUGA